UUUUAGAAAACACCACAUUAUUCUUUACUAAAUGUACCCUUUUCUAUAUAUACUGUAUAUUUUUGAAUUCCAUUAUAAUAUUAUUAUUGAUAAAGUGUGACAGAAGGUUAUAUAUACAAGAGACAUUGUUGCCAGUUCUAAUCCCAAUUAUCAGGAAGUCCAGACUGUUUUCUUUCAAUGGAGACGCUAACCUCGUCAACUAACUAUGAUGAGAUUGCAAUGCAGCAAAGCUUGCUAUUUUCCGACAGUCUCAAGGAUUUGAAAAAUCUGAGAAAACAAUUGUAUGCGGCUGCUGAAUACUUUGAAUUAUCUUACACUAAUGAUGACCAAAAACAAUUAGUGGUCGAGACGUUAAAAGAUUAUGCUGUCAAAGCUCUUGUCAACACAGUUGAUCAUUUGGGGGCAGUUUCGUGUAAAGUUAAUGACCUAUUAGGAGAAAAAGUGAAUGAAGUUUCAGAAACAGAGCUUCGAGUAUCAUGUAUACAACAGAGAUUAAGUAUAUGUCAGGGAUGUUUUGAUCACGAAGGUCUCGCUCAGCAGUCCUCAUUGAUAAAUACUCCCAAGCAUCAUAAAAGAUAUAUCUUGCCUGUCGGAGAGACAAUCCAAGGUGGUAUUCGAACUAAAUCAAAGUACCAAGGAUGUAGUUUGGAGGAUGAAGAUAACUGGCAUGAAUUUAAGAAUGCUGUUCGGGCUACAAUCAAAGAAACCCCGCCAUCUUCGUUCAGAAAAGGGCGAUCCCCAUCUCCUUCUCCACGAGCUUCCCAACAACCUGGAUCGUUUGCUUUCACUGGUGCAGUGACCAGAAAAGAUUUAGAGAAAAGAUCGGUAUCACCACGGAGAUUUUCUCUUUUGCGUACGGGGUCACUGUCAAGUAGGCCAACCACCCCCAACUCGAGAUCAAAUUCACGACCCACUACUCCCAAUCCCAGUAGGCCGACAACUCCAAACUCAAUUGGCCGACAAAGGCUUUCAGAGUCCCGAAAAUCAGCUUCAAUGCGUAUGCCCACUGCUCGAGACACAUACAAAGACACAGACCAGAUACCAAGCAAAAGUAAACGUUUGCUUAAAGCAUUGCUUAGUAAACGCAAGUCUAAGAAAGAUGACACACUCUACACUUUUUUGGAUGAAUACUGAAUCUCAUUUAUCAGCCGGUGCAGAAUGCCCCAAAAGCUUCUUUGUGAUUAGCCAUGUGCUUAUUUUCUUUUUGAUUAAGCAGCAGUUAAGACUGUCUUCUUACUGCUCAUAUGCUUUACCGCUGUAAAUUUGAACAUUGGCUUUCAAACUGUGAUCAUUAUAUAUCAGUCUUUAUCAUUA